AACCUCCGUUCCUCCUAUAACCAUGGCCAAUGCAGCAUCUGGUAUGGCAGUGCAUGAUGAAUGCAAGCUGAAGUUUUUGGAGCUCAAGGCUAAAAGAACUUACCGCUUCAUAGUUUACAAGAUCGAGGAAGAGCAAAAGCAGGUUAUUGUGGAAAAGCUUGGCGAGCCUGCCCAAAGCUAUGAAGAUUUUACUGCAAGCCUCCCUGCUGAUGAGUGUCGCUAUGCUGUUUAUGAUUUUGAUUUUGUGACUGAAGAGAAUGUCCAAAAGAGCAGAAUCUUCUUCAUUGCAUGGUGUCCCGACACAUCAAGGGUGAGAAGCAAGAUGAUUUAUGCUAGUUCUAAGGACAGGUUCAAGAGAGAACUAGAUGGUAUUCAGGUAGAGUUGCAGGCAACCGAUCCAACUGAAAUGGGUCUCGAUGUCAUUAGAAGCCGUGCCAGCUAAAUACAAGUAUACCAUUUUCACGGUGGAGGGUUCUAUGCACUCUACAUAUAAGCGGGAUGUUCAUAGCUUGUGGCGGUGAACCUGACUGGAUUAUGAUACUGGUUUGUUUGUUUGAGUUUUAUCUUAUAGUCCUCUUCUGGAACCAAACCAGUGUCUUUGAUUAUGCUUUUAUGAUCGAUCUUGUAAUGAACCUCUGCGAUGUGUUUCUUUAUAGCCGUGCUUACAAUCUCUGGUGUAUCAUCAUCUGAUGGUAGAUAAAACCUGGAUUUGUUUUAUACAAUUCGAAAAUGGAUGCUUUGACACUUCCUCGUGUUUGCA